CUCAACGAAUGCGUUCCUUUCAAGAGAGGAAGAAUUUGCCUGCCUACUGAAAUUCUGCUAAAAAGUCAUCAUUUAAGAGUACCAAGGAGGGAGUGAGAGAGGUGCAGCUGAGAGAGACAGCCUCUUAGAGCUCUGAGGCAGAAGUGAUGGAUUCAGCUCGCCAAAAAGUGACAGUCUUCUAAAGGGCCAAAGGCAGCACACAGACCGCCCUGGACGUCACCACUUUCUAUAGAUUCCAUCAGGUAGCUGAGGUUAGCAUUGUUUCUUAAAGUUGUUUGAUCCUUGAUCUGGAAGUCAAGCUUCAUGAUAGCUUUUUUAAUAAAAGCCUUGAAACAACGUGUACCUGUCUCCUGCUGGAAUGGACCAAGGUGACAGAAAGUGAGUAACCAGACUGGGACAGAGCACCGGAGGACGAAGCUGGGUCACGAGGAAUGACUUUCUAUCAAAAGGAACUACAGUUGGCUCAGCCAGGAGAGCAAGGCAACUGAGGGAGUCUCAUCAAUACGUGUCAGUUUUUCUUGCUUGGUGUGUUGGACCAUAUCUAAUGGAUACCCCGUCAAUGGUCCUGCUGGGGCUCCUUGCAUAUGGCCUUGUCUGUCAGAUUCAAGGGAGUGGUUCAGACAGCCGCCACAGUAGUGCAGGGGCCCAAGAAUUUGAGAGUAGUGAUGAUGGCUUUGAGAGAGAAUUUUUCUAUGCCGGUAGGAGCAAACGUGCUCCUGCCGCUGAACAGCAGCAGGACAAGUGUUCUUACACUUUCAUUGUGCCACAACAAAAAGUAACAGGGGCUAUCUGUGUCAACUCCAAGGAGCCAGAGGCCACGCUGGAGAAUCGGGUCAACAAGCAGGAGUUAGAGUCGCUAAACGUGGAGCUCCAGAAACAAAAGAGCCAGAUUGAGACUCUACAACAAUUGGUAGAAGUAGAUGGAGGCAUCGUUAACGAGGUCAAGCUUCUGAGAAAAGAAAGUCGAAACAUGAAUUCUCGAGUUACCCAGCUGUAUAUGCAACUGCUCCAUGAGAUCAUCAGGAAAAGAGACAAUGCCCUUGAAUUAGCACAGAUGGAGAACAAAAUCCUUAACCAAACUUCCGAGAUGCAGCAGCUCACCGGUCGCUACAGAGACUUGGAACAUAAGUACCAACAUCUGGCUUCUUUGGCCACUAACCAGUCAACUCUUAUUGCCCUGCUGGAGGAGCAGUGCCAGGGUCAGCCUCCUCCCAGACACGUCCCUGUGGCACAGCCACGAUCUCAACCACCUCGGCCAUCACCACCUCUCAACAAGCCUUACCAGCCACCAGUCCUACCUCGCAUCACCAAACCACUCAGCAAUGAGAUACAGAAUGAUCAGAAGUCUCUUCCACCGCCAACUAUGCCUACAAUUACACACGAUCCAUCUUCCACUGACAAACCCUCUGGUCCAUUUAAAGACUGCCUGCAGGCUCUGGAAGAAGGUCACACCAACAGCGGCAUGUACUUGUUAAAACCGGAGAAUGCCAAUCGUCUAAUGCAGGUGUGGUGUGACCAGAGACAUGACCCAGGUGGUUGGACCGUAAUCCAGAGGCGAGUGGAUGGCUCUGUCAACUUUUUCAGGAACUGGGAGACAUACAAGCAAGGGUUCGGAAAUAUCGAUGGCGAGUACUGGCUCGGCUUGGAAAAUAUCUACUGGCUGACUAACCAGGCAAACUACAAACUGCUGGUAACACUGGAGGACUGGUCCGGCCGCAAAGUGUUUGCAGAGUACGCCAGCUUCCGAGUGGAGCCCGAGGCCGACUUCUAUAAGCUAAGGUUGGGCCGUUACCAUGGCAACGCCGGCGACUCCCUCACUUGGCACAACGGGAAACAGUUCACAACACUGGAUAGAGACCAUGACACGUACACAGGUAAUUGUGCCCACUACCAGAAGGGAGGCUGGUGGUACAACUCUUGCGCCCAUUCUAAUUUAAACGGAGUCUGGUACAGAGGAGGACACUACCGAAGCCGCUAUCAAGAUGGGGUCUACUGGGCCGAGUUCAGAGGGGGAGCCUAUUCCCUAAAGAAAGUGAUCAUGAUGAUCCGGCCAAACCCAAACACUUUCCACUAGCUAUCAAAAUGCAUUUUACCAGGAAUAUAAAACAACACACACACACGUAAAGGAUGCAGAGUGUAUUUAUCAACAUACAAUUUACUUUUCAUAGGUCUUAGUAAUGGUACAUUACUCAGGUACAUCAGUGUAUAAUGCAUCCAUCCAUCCACCCAUUUUCUACAGCUUGUGCAGUUUACUUGAAAUGUUCCCUGCCUAAAAAUAAAUAUGCAA